UCUCACGUGAUAGAAGGGAUGUCCCCACCUGCCUGAUUUAACCCGACUCACAGCUAAAUCUAAAUUUUUUACGCGUCCGAAUUUUUUCACGCGCCACGCUCGAGAGGCAUCUUGCGACCAGCCACCAGGAUGCGUACAGUUCUCGUGAGCGGCGGAGUCAUCUCCGGGAUUGGAAAAGGAAUUAUUGCCUCUUCGGCCGGGCUCUUGCUCAAAACUACUGGUCUCAGAGUCACGGCAAUCAAAAUUGAUCCAUAUUUAAAUAUUGAUGCUGGAACGUUGGGACCUCUGGAACAUGGCGAGUGCUUUGUACUUGCAGACGGAGGGGAGUGCGAUCUCGACCUGGGUAACUACGAAAGAUAUCUUGGCAUUCAGUUGACCAACGAGAGCAAUAUAACGACCGGGAAGAUCUACAAUCUCGUUCUCCAGCGUGAGAGGAAGGGCGACUUUUUAGGGAAAACGGUCCAGGUAGUCCCGCAUAUCACAGACGCCAUCCAGGACCAUAUCGAACGAGUUUCGAAGAUACCUGUGGAUGAUUCUGGAUUGCCGCCAGAUGUUUGCAUCAUUGAAUUGGGAGGCACAGUGGGUGACAUCGAGUCAAUGCCUUUCAUUGAAGCAUUAGUGCAAUAUAGGCACAAAGUCGGCAAGGACAACUUCUUUUGCAUAAACGUUACCUAUGUGCCUGUAAUCCACGGAGAGGAGAAGACCAAACCGACCCAGCACGCCAUCAAACAAGUGCGAAGUGCUGGCCUGACACCAGACUUGAUUGCCUGUCGCUGUGAGCACAAGAUAGAGGAGGCUACCCUCCAGAAAAUCGCCCGAAGCUGCCAAGUCGACUAUGAGCAAGUCAUGACGGUAUGGGAUAUGGAGACGAUUUACCAAGUCCCUCUCAUCCUCAAUGAGCAGGGACUGCUGGACGUGUUGACACGGGGAUUGAGGCUUGACAAGCUGGAGCUUGCACCUUCAAUGGUCCAGAAAGGAGCCUCGCUCUGGGAGUUAUGGAAAGAUACAGUCGUUCCCAAGCAACAUUUAGAACCCAUAAAUAUCGUCCUGGUCGGCAAGUAUACUGCGCUGGACGAUAGUUAUCUCAGUGUGCGGAAAUCUCUUGAGCAUGCAGCCAUGCGAUGCAACCGCAAACUCAACCUCGUCUCAGUGGAUUCGGAACAUUUGGAAGACUCUACUCAGAAGAGCGACCCUACCAAAUAUCACAAAGCUUGGAAUGCCAUUUGUGAAGCUCAGGGCAUGGUAGUUCCAGGUGGGUUUGGGUCGAGAGGUGUGGAGGGUAUGAUUCGGGCGGCACAAUGGGCACGCGAGCGAAAGAUCCCUUAUAUAGGGUUAUGCCUCGGCAUGCAAGUUGCAGUGAUUGAAGCAGCACGGAACCUCUGUGGUCUGACUGAUGCUACGUCGGAGGAAUUUGACGCCAACGCUGAACACGAUGUUAUCAUCUUCAUGCCAGAGGGGUCCAAAGAACAACUCGGAGGUACCAUGAGACUCGGCACACGAGCAACCCAUUUCGAGGCUGGCAGUGAAUGGAGCAAAUUACGCGCCCUAUACAAAGGCGCUCCCGUGGCUCACGAGCGCCACCGACACCGCUACGAGGUGAACCCCGACUAUGUCGAGCAACUCGAGGCAGCCGGGCUCAACUUCAUCGGCAAAGACGACACGGGCAGACGCAUGGAGGUGGUCGAACGCAAAGACCAUCCCUACUUCGUCGGAUUACAAGCUCACCCCGAGUACACUUCCCGAGUACUCCAACCCGCACCGUCGUUGCUCGGCUUUGUGGCAGCCAGCGCAGGAUGUCUCGAUAAAAUAAUAGACGACUUGCGUCAUCACAAGACGCCGGAGGAUGGUGUAAAUGGGGUCACGCACUUUUAAUAUCAUACUCCCUAACUAAGCUUGCUGGGAAUGUCUAGAAAUUGGAUCUGGUUUGUGUAUUUGUGACUCUUAGGUUUCCUGGUUCUGGGACAUAUACAUGUGUAGUAUAUACAGCGUCACAGACUAGAGAAGUCUUCUUUCCUAUUUAUUGGAUCUUGGUUUGUAUUUGAAUCUUGGUUGUGUGAUGCACGUGAUGUGACUUAGGAAUUCUCUCCGUGCUGGAUGCGAGAGCAGUUAUAUAACAUAUGAAUAGACGAUAAACGAACAACUGAAUAGAUUGAUAUCAAAA